AAGUGAGCAGCCAGCACAAGUGAACCACAAACGAAAGCGAUAGCUAGUUUUUUUUUGUUGUUGGUUAAAAAGAGUAAAGUGAAAACUGCGUUUCUUAUACAAUUAUAUAUCAAGUACAAUCAUGAAGUUCCAAUAUAAAGAGGAGCAUGCAUUUGAGAAGCGUCGCGCCGAAGGGGACAAGAUCCGCCGUAAAUAUCCGGACCGUGUGCCCGUGAUUGUUGAGAAGGCACCAAAGGCGCGCAUUGGCGAUUUGGACAAAAAGAAGUAUCUGGUGCCAUCUGAUUUGACCGUCGGCCAGUUUUACUUCCUCAUACGCAAACGCAUCCACCUGCGUCCCGAGGAUGCACUCUUCUUCUUCGUCAACAAUGUCAUUCCUCCAACAUCUGCAACAAUGGGCUCAUUGUACCAGGAGCAUCACGAGGAGGAUUACUUCCUGUACAUAGCCUACUCCGAUGAGAAUGUCUAUGGCAUGGACAAAUAAAUACCGACUGCAUCUCUCCAAAGCGGCAGGCGUUUUGAACCCAUGCAACAACCUAUACAGAAAAUUAUAUAUAUAAACAUAUAUUUUACGUUUAGCAUGCAAUUGAAAAAAAUGCGAAAAAAAAAAACACAAAAAAAAGAUAGCUAAACAAAUUGUGCAGGUCUAAGGCGGUAAAAUAUUGAAAGAAAAAAAAAACAAAAACAAAACAAAACAAACAAAAACAACUUAAAAAGAUCUUAAAAAAUGAAAACAAAAAAAAAAGAAUUGUAAGACAAAAACAAAUGUUAUGUGAAAAUUAUUUUAUAUAAAACAUUUUCUAUACGCGCUAGUAUUUCAAAUUACCUAUGCUUUAACAAUUUUCACUUGGCACCGUUUUGUUCAGUUUAACUUCCUGCUUUACUUGUGUACCGUGCAAUCUAUAUCAUUUUGUAAGGUACUUUACCUUAUUUCCCGAUUCUUUUUCUUUCUUUUGUGUAAUAAUAAUACAACAAAAUUUUGUGCAUAUUUAGUGUGUAUGGUUACAAAUAGGACUCUCUUGGUUAAGCGUACAGUAAUUAAUCUACUAUUAAUUAAAUAAAUAAAAAAAAAAAAA